GGAAGUGCUUCCUCCGACGGGCGUCGGAGGAGUGGGACCUGUGUGGAAAUCGUUCCUCCGACGCCGGAAGUGACGUAGUCGCGUCGGAGGAGAGACGGCUGUGUGGAAAUCGUUCCUUCGACGCCGGAAGUAACGUAUCAUCCCCGGCCCCGGAUGUUGCCUUUGUUAUGACAUGUGCCCGACCAUGUGCGUUUGCCGCUGUAGCAGCUGUAGUCUUCUGUGGUCGGGUCCUGCCCCGUGCUGCACGUACCAUUCCUUCCUGCCCGCGCUGCUGUCGGCUCCGGUCACGCAAGCUAUUUUGGCUGAUUUUUCGCACUCUUUGAAGCGUUUUGUUUAGCAUUGUCUUGUUCUUUUUAGCAAUACUUUUUUCCGUAUCUAGUGCUACUCUUUGUAUUUUAGCUUUGAUCGCACCCCCAACAUGCCUCGAGUUUUGGUAGCCGGCGAUUCGAUGGUGAAGUACUUGCCCCAGUACUUCCCAUUGAAUAGUCGGUUGGCUGUUGAGGUUGCGGCGUUUAGUGGUAUUAGAAUCGAGCACUUGUUUUCCCAGGUGUCUGAGAGGCUACCCGAUUUUGAUGUUGUCAUCCUGCACGUUGGCACUAAUAAUUCCCAUAUUAGUGCCAGCGUGUACAUCGACAAAUAUCGUCGUCUAGCUGCCCAGAUCUGUGAACGCAAUCCAAUGAUGCAGAUCGCCUUUUCUGCCGUUCUUCCGAGACGGGAGAAUAGGUUCUGCUCAUUGGAAUGGCAGCGUAGUCACGCUGCAGAGAUCGAGGCUUUGAAUGACCGUUACCGAGAGGUGAACUCGCUGCUGCGAGAGUUGUGUCGCAGGGAAGGGUUCACGUUCCUUGACGGGCUGGCUGACGAGUGGCACCAGUGGAUCGGCCGCGACGGCGUCCACCCAAGCCGGAUCGGCAACAAGGUCCUCGCUGGGUUCAUGGGCCAGCAAGUGCGGAGCAUCCUGGAGAAGAUGGCCAGGGCCAAGAUCCAGCAGGACCACAUGGAGGCAAUGCCAGGGACCCGCUCGUGGGACGGCUGGACCAUCGAGGGUGCCCCAUUGACCGCGCCAUGUGAGCUCGAGUUCCCACCGCUUGGCUCUCCUUCAGCUCCUGCGGCUCCUUCGGCAUGCGACGAUGAGCCACCUCCGCUUUGCUCUGUGGAGCUUCCUUCUCUCACUUCUGCUGCUGCUUCGCUUUGCUCUGUGCAGCCUCCUCUUUCUUCUGCUGCUCCUUCUGCAUGCGAGGAUGAGCCACCACCGCUUUGCUCUGUGCAGCCUCCUCCUCUUGCAUCUGUGCAACCCCUUCCUGUUGCUUCUGCUGCUCCUUCCGUGAAGAGCCCGCCACUAACCAUGGCAUGUGAGGUUGACUUUCCGCUGCUUGGCUCUCCUGUGCAACCCCUCCUUGCUUCUCCUGCUCUUUCCGUUGAGACCACCCUUGCGCCUUGUGAGGCAGCUGCUGAUCGGAGGGCCACCUGGGCAGAGAUGUCAAAAUCUGCAGGCCCUCCUGUCCCAACUGCCAGCACGGCACCCGAGCUCGGAUCGGACACAAGCCAACCAGUUGCCACAUGUGUAAAUGCUGAACGGAGGCACAAACGAGGCAAGCACUCUGAUGAGCCCAGGAUGGGAAGCUGUGGUGCUGGAUUCAGGCUGGUUGGUGGCGUUCAAGUCCGCAGCAAGGGCAGCCGGGUAUGGCAGACCUGGGAGAGUGCAUCCACGGCCACUUGUGCUCCCUCUAGUACAUGCGUACCUGUUUGGGGAAAGGUUCAGCCGAGGCCGGAAGGACAGCAACCUUCUGAGAAGCCUACGAAGCUGGACCGAGGUGGAGUCACCGAUGUUGCUAUGAGUACAGAAGUUAGUGCAGAGGGGCGCCCCAGGGCUUCCUCGAGGAGCACAGCUUUUGUAGGGGCCGGUGAGCAGGCUGCCUCGGCAGCAGCUGAACCCAGGGUAGUCUACCCUGUCCAAAGUAUAGUGGGCGGAGAGCGGUGGCAGAGGAUGAAGUCCAAGCGCAAGGGACGAAAGUCUCCGGGACUGCGCAAGGUACCAAACCGUGCUGCCACUAUUGCGUCCCCCACUAUUACUUGGGAUGGAGAAGACUUUGCAGUAGGGUGCCUCUCAACCCUUUCUCCUUUGCCUGUUUGUGACAAUCCUUUCUCUGACUUAGGUGAGUGCAGCCCAGCAUGUGUGACAGAGAGCAGGGUCGUUGGAGGGAAACGUCCUUCGAAGGCCCUGUUGCAGAGUCGAAGGGCACUCACGCAUGCAAAGAAUGUGUCUGCAGUGCAUGACGGAGAGCAGGGCUUCAGCAUGGGAUUAGUGAAUGCGGGCAUAGAGCAUGAUGCAAGGGUCUCAGGGGAAGGCGAGCAUGCAGUGCAUGUUACAGGGGGGACUUCUGGCUGUGGGCAUGGUGGGGAGGGUGGAGAAGGAAGGCAUGCGUUGCAUGCCACAGGGCGGACUUCUGGCUGUGAGGUUGCAUGCUGUGGGUGUGAUGGGGUGGGUGGAGAAGGCAGGAAUGUGCUGCAUGCCACAGGGCAGACUACUGGCUGUGGGGUUGCAUGCUGUGGGCCUGAUAGGGAGGGUGGAGAAGGCAGGAAUGUGCUGCAUGCCACAGGGCAGACUACUGGCUGUGGGGUUGCAUGCUGUGGGCCUGAUGGGGAGAGUGGGGCAGGCAAGCAUGUGCUGCAUGCCGCAGGGCAGACUUCUGGCUGUGGGGUUGCAUGCUCUGUGCUUGAUGGGGAGGGUGGACAAGGCAAGCAUGUGCUGCAUGAUACAGGGGGUACUCCUGGCUGUGGGUUUACGCCCUGUGGUCAUGAUGGGGGUGGUGCUGACUAUGUGACUGCAUGCAGAAGGCAUGACGCGGGGACAGAGUUUUUCUCAGAAAUGGCAUGUCUCAAGCAUGAUGGUUGUGGGGAGGGCUCUAGCAUAGAGAUAGCUGUCGGAGGGCAUCAUGUAGGCGAAGGCGUUGCUGCAGAUGAUAAGUGCGUUGCCCAGGGAGUCAAGUACCCUUCCGAGGUUCCAGAGAAAAGCCCUGGAUCUGCCGUUAGUAACCUGCAGAAUGCCCCCAGUCCUUCAAAAUCCUGUACUUUGUAUGGAGGUGGCGGUGUCAUUUUUGCGCAGGCCAAGUUUUCUAACUACUCUACCUUUCUAGCUGCAUUUGAGGAUUGGUGCAAACAAGGGUUGCAUGUGUUUACAAAAAGGAGGUCUAGAACAUGUCCAUUAGCUCAGUGUGAGGAAUUUAAAUACUCCUCAGUUGAAUUCAUCUGUGUCCAUGGACGCCCUCUAUCAGCCAUGGGCAGCGGAAAGCGCCCACAACAGUCUUAUUAUUUUUCAGGUUGCCAGGCACGCCUCUUGUUAGUUUUGAAGACAAAGCCAGAUAUGUGCUAUGUAAUCUCAAAACUUGUUGUUGAACAUAACCAUAGUCUGGAAUUAUGCAGCACAUACCCCCAAAACAGGCUUCUGACUACAUCUGAGAAGGAGACAUUUGCAGAUGUAGCAAAAUGCAAUAUUAAACCUAAGGAUUUCAAAAAUUAUGUCUAUGAAAAAACAGGCAAGACUCUAACAACACAAGACAUUAACAAUUACAAAAACCGUAGUGUGAAUUCUGUGACUGCAGUUAAAACUAGUGAGGCUCAUGGGGCCCUGUUGUUAGAGCAAUUGCAUAGUCUUGCCUCCAAGAACCCUAAUUGGAUCAUACAUUAUGAAAAAGAUAAAAACAAUGAGCUGUUAUUUGUGUUGUUCCAGACGUCCGUUAUGCGAGAAACUUUGGAAAAGUAUCCCGAAAUUCUGUUCAUCGAUGGGACAUAUAAGGUUAACGUAGAAGGUUACAUUCUCUAUUCAAUUCUUUGUGAAGACGCUCGUGGUAGGGGUCGAUGCAUUUGCUAUGCGUUUUUGCAAAGGGAAACCUCCCUAAUUGUUCGCCCUGUUUUUCAGAAGUUUAUAGAUUGUAAUCCUUUUGUACUUUCAGCAUGCAAAGUUGUUAUGGUAGAUAAGGACCUAAAUCAGUUAAGGAUUUUGAAAGAGCUUCUGCCAAAAAGCACCAUUCUCCUAUGCACUUGGCAUGUUCUCCAUUACUUGGACUUGCAGAUUAUGAAAUACCCAGUUCAUCAGAGGGAAUUAUUGCGUCGCCUAAUUAAAGAAGUUGUCUAUGCCAAUCGCCUGUCUGUUUACGACAAAAAAGUUGCGCUGUUGAGGGAACACUCUCCUGACGAUUUUUUGCUCUACUUCAUGAACAAUUGGGAUUCCUGCAAAGAAAUGUGGGCGCAUGCGUACCGCCGAGACUUGGUAACAAUGGGGAAUAAUACCAACAACCGAAUUGAGAGCCAUAAUCAAAAACUAAAAAGCUUCCUGCGUCCAGGAAUGCACCUGGCUGCUGCGAUGACUGCUUUGCUAGAGUAUAUUGACCAUGAUAUUAUAUCACUAAGGUUUGCAAAACUUAGAGAGCUUAAGCUCAAUUUAAAUACAAGUAGCUUUGACAUGUUCCAGCUAACAUUAGCUCAAACGUGCACUCUGGUAGCUAGGAAUAUAGUAUUACGGGAAUAUGAGAAGUUUAAGACUAUUCGCUAUAUUGUUAGCUUUCAAAAUGACGCAUACACUGUUAAGUUGGAAGGGACAGAGUAUGUGAUAGCAAAAAGCCUAGACAGUUGCACAUGCCUCUGUUAUUCCCAAUAUGGACUUCCAUGUGCCCACAUUUUGACAGCACGGUCUUUUGCAAAUCUAGAACUAUUUGACCACUCUGUUAUUCCGCAUCGAUGGCGUAGGAGCCACUUCCUAGCAUCUGAAGCUACCGACCCUCUAAGCAUGCCUGGUCCAUGCACAGCUGGUUCGAGCCCACUAAGCUUGCAUAGCCCAACUCCGCUUAGCUCAAACCCACCUAGCCCGAGCCCACGUAGCCCAACUCCGCUUAGCUCAAACCCACUUAGCCCGAGCCCACGUAGCCCAACUCCCUUUAGCUCAAACCCGCCUAGCCCAAGUCCUCAUAGCCCGACCCCCCUUAGCUCAAACCCACCUAGCCCAAGUCAGUCUAGCACAAGCCAGCCUACCCAAACCACAGUUACAUCAGCCAUACUGAAGCCCCCACCUGUAAAAUUGGAUACCAUUGAGGCCAGGUAUAAUUAUGCCUACAAGUUUUUAACAGAUAUAGUGAAACCAACAGCUAACAUCUUGGCCCAGUGUGGCGAACAGGAGCUAAAUGAAAAGUUGACAGAUAUUCAGACAUUCCUUAGCAAUCUUACAACGUUUUCUAGCAACCAGGUGCAGCUUUUGUCACAGUCUGUAGCACCCCGUGCAGCUCAUAAGGAUGUGCCUGAUCAACAGCCAACAGACACAGCAAGUGACAGGAAACCUUCCGAAGAGCUGCGUAUUAGUUUAAUUAAAAGUAAACGAGGGAGACCGCGAACUGUAAAAGUCACAAAAAAGCGUAAAUUGUCAGAAAUCUGCAACAAAAAACUUUGUCUUAGCAUGAUUCGUGCAGAGUUGAUUCCUCUUUAUAGCGCUUAUUCACUAACAGAUGAACACUUGGACGAUGUAUUAUACAACCGUCCGCUGCCAGACAGUGUCAUGAAUAUUGCAAUGCAGUUAACACGUCAAAAAUUUCCGCAUCGGGAAGGUUUCCAAGACGCUUUGCUGAGCCAGGGACUACUAUUCAAGCAGAUAAAGGGUCCAUUCAUUCAAAUCUUACACACAGCAAACCCGGAUCAUUGGAUCACAGUAACAACUAUUGAUGCGCCCCCUGAUUCUGUCUUUGUUUAUGAUUCUCUUGAUCAAACUGUUCCCCCUGAUGCUGUAAAACAGGUGUGCAGCAUACUUAAGUUACCAUCUGCAAAUGUAACUAUUUUUGUAAGACCUGCACAGGGCCAAGGUUGCACAGUAGAUUGUGGCUUAUUUGCUAUUGCUAACAUGUACUGCAUAGCAUCUGGCAAAGACCCUACCACUGUAAACUUUAGACAGCAAUUAAUGAGGGGCCAUCUACUAAAGUGCAUUCGUAAUGGGAUGAUGGAAGACUUCCCUGUAACUCUUUCCCUUGUUUCUCGUGUGCGACCAAAAGAUUCUGUUUUCACCGUGCAUUGUUUGUGCAGGCAGCCUCUGCUUGCUGAUGCUCCUGGGGUAAUUCAAUGCGCAGGAUGCCAAUCUCUCUUUCACGAAGCCUGUCUAGAAAAAAAACCCAACCAUGGCAUGACAUUUGUUUGCAGCCGAAGUUGUAUUGCAGCUAAAAUGCCGAAUAAGCUGAGGUUAUUUUAAUUAACAACGGUUUCUUCCAGUACCUUCCGCUUUAUGUAUUAUCUUUGCGUUUAUCCCUGUUAUUGCCUACCUUGUUUUGUCAAGUAACCUUGUACAGUGUUUUUCUUUUAGCUGCACCAAAUUUUCAGAGAGAGAGAACGUGAGAUAGGGUAAUUUGAGCCUUGGGGCAGUGUUAGUAGUCAUGGCGUCCACUAGGGAAAGGGUGAAAUUAGGUAAUUAGUUAGCUAAUGAACUAAAACUGA